AUGUCAAAACUAACCAUCAUCUUGUCAAUAGCCGCGUUGUGCUCUCUGUCCACAGCGGCUCCAGACUUCUACAACGAUGAGGCGAACGUGCUUCAAGCCGAGGGAUUCGGAAACGAAGAAAUUAAAGAGUCAAAUUUGAUUACAAAAUGUUAUGACGAGGAAACUAAAUCAGCAUACAAGGUAGACUCCAUUUGGUAUCCAGUGGGAAGAUGUGAAAAACGAACUUGUUCGAGGCAAAAGGACUCAAAGACCCCGACAAUCAAAACUAUGGAAUGUGAACCGUGCACUUCAUGUAAAUUGCCCAAUCAUACAUGCCAACCAUUCCGUUCUGAUAAAAAUUAUCCUAAGUGUUGUUCACAGUGUUUAACAAAGUCUACUGUACUUUUGAAACCAGAAUCAAAGAAAAAAUACCAAAACUUUUAA